AUGUCGAGGGAGUUUGUCAAACCCUCAACUCCAACCCCUGAAGAAAAGAGAGAGCUUAAACUGUCGUUUCUUGAUCAACUUCAAGGGCUUACUUUUAUUCCUUUUCUUUUCUUCUAUCAAAAUGAGCAGCCUAGAGCUGAGUCAAAAUCCGAAACAACAACAACCACCCUGCGUUUAAAGCAGUCUUUGUCGGAGUGCUUAACCAAGUUCUAUCCCUUAGCAGGCCAGCUCAACCCGGAUGAUCAUCAUGUUUCCGUCAAAUCCAAGCUUGAUGUUUCCCUCUCAGAAGCUGUGCAGAAUCCGUCUCUUGAGAGUUUUGCGCAAUACUUGCCAUUUGAGCCACUUUCCAAUGAUGUUACAUUGUUGGGUAGUUACCCGAAAAAUGAAAUACCCCUAGCGGUACAAAUUGUUAACAGACUCUCUCAAGAUCAAGAUCAAGUCACUUCCGAAAUUGAUGAAUCCGAGUGUGAGGUGCAAUAA